CAAAGUGUUACCAACAUCAUCCUAUUAGUAAUAAUCACAACAAUUUUAUUUUACUACUAAAACAACAACACACUUUCAUCAAAAUUUCCCAUCAACAUUAACAUCCUCAUACUAUUAAUAUUAAUAUAUAAAUAACAAACAAUAAUGGAUUCUAAAUUAGUUAUUCGUGUCUACUUUGUAGAUGAUUCCUUCAAAACCAUUGCCGUUAGUCCAACCAUCAGUGCUCGUGAUUUAUCAAUUGUUGUCGCUGAUAAGAUUGAAUUGGAACAACGUGAAACUUUUGCGCUCUUUUUCUACAAGAACGGAGAGUGUAGAUGUUUAGAUGAUGAUGAACAACCGUGCAAAUUGAUGGUCUAUGAAACUGUUGGUUCUGAUGCAGACUUUCAAAAGUAUGUGAAUGAUAAACAAGAAUGGGAAAAAUUAAAGAAAGACUGGGAGAAGGACUCUAAAUUAGUAUUCAAGAGAAGAGUCUUUUUAAAGCACAAGGCAAUUCCACGUGAACAAGAAAAGUUUUUGAAUUAUAGUUUUAUUCAAGCUGUUGCUGAUGUUCGAGAUGGUACUUAUCCAUGUAGUCAAUCGGCUGCUAUUGAAUUAGCUGGUCUUAAUAUGCAAGUUACUUUUGGUGAUCACAAUAAGAAGAAACACAUUCAAGGUUUUUUGAAGGAUAAGAUUGGUCGUUUUAUUCCUGCUCCUCUCCUUCAAUCAAAUCGUAAAUUAGAAGAUUGGGAAAAGGAUGUCUUCCAAGAACAUGCUCGUUUGAUUGGUUUAAAGAAGGAAGAUGCCAUGUUGCACUACUUGAAUUAUGUUCGUAAUUGGAGUUUUUAUGGAAGUACUUUCUGGACUGUACAAACUGUUAAUAAGGAUCAAGCAAAUUUACCUGAUCAAGUUAUUCUUGCAGUCAAUUCUAAUGGAAUUCAAUUGUUAAAGUUAGGAACCAAGGAACCAAUUCUUACUCAACGUUAUUCAGAUAUCUAUUCAUGGGCCUAUAAGAGAAAUGCUUUUGCUUUCGUUUCAGGAGUCUUGUCCAAACAAAAGUUCCAAUUUGCUACUCCACAUGGUAGAGAUAUUUCUCGUACUCUUCAGGCCUAUGUUGAAUGUCUUUUGGAAGAAAGAAAGAAGGAUAACAAAUCUUAUCAAUCAACUAACAUGUAAUCUAUUUCAAUAUAAUAUUUUUUUAUUAUUCUUA